CCUAGGUAUGCUUCACUUUAUGACCCAGAAUUUGAAGCUAUUCAGAACUUAUUGUUAUAAACGCAGAAUUAUCCAUUUGAGUUGCGGGACGUGAGUUUUGUCCAAAGGAAAGCCACUCACUCCAUUUACAAAUCCAAACCUUCAGCGACCCCCGUCGCUGGCGCUCGCAACCAUACCUAGGUAAAUGCGGUGUCCUAGGGAGGAAGUAGAACUCUGAAUCACGUUCAUCAGUACUGCGGAUUCAUUCGUGGUGCUAUCCAAAUCUCGGCCCGCCUAACGAGAACCGGGCGAACAUCCCAACCACAAUUUCUUAUCUUCCCCAAGACUUGAAGCUCCUCCUAUUCCAUCCCUCCCUUCACCCACCAUGGCGUUCUCCAUGCACAGUCACUCCGGACAAUUCUGUCCGGGCCACGCAAAAGAUGUCCUGGAACAGAUAAUCCAGACCGCCAUCGCACGGGGAAUGACAACCUUCGGCCUAACCGAACACAUGCCACGAGACUCAGAGAAAGAUCUAUACCCCGAAGAAGAAAGUAUCGCCCCGCUCGCACCCCGCCACCAAGCCUACCUCCUCGAAGCGCAACGUCUGCGUGAGAAAUACGCAGACCAAAUCACCCUCCUAAUCGGCUUCGAAGGCGAAUAUAUCCGUCCAUCCUACGGCCCCUUCAUCAAAGAACUAGCAGCCGAUCCAGCGGUGGAUUAUUUCAUCGGAUCAGUGCAUCACGUCCACGAGAUCCCCAUUGAUUACGACAAGAAACUGUAUUCCGCCGCGCGAGAAAAAGCGGGAGGAAGCGACGAGAGGUUCUUUGAGGAUUAUUUCGAUUUGCAGUAUGAGAUGUUGAAGGAGUUGAAGCCGAGGGUGGUGGGGCAUUUUGAUUUGAUUCGGUUGUUGGCUGAGGAUCCGGGGCGGGAUCUGAGGGAUUGGAAGGGGGUUUGGGAGAAGGUGGAGAGGAAUUUGAAGGUCAUUGUUGAGCAGGGGGGUUUGAUGGAGAUUAAUAGUGCGGGGUUGAGGAAGGGGUUGAAGGAGCCGUAUCCGAUGAGGUGUGUAGUGGAGAAGUAUUUGGAAAUGGGUGGGAUGUUGACUUUGAGUGAUGAUAGUCAUGGGAUUGAUCAGGUGGGAACUUGUUAUGCGGCUACGAUUGGAUAUAUAGAGAGUUUUGGAGUUGUAGAUGUUUGGACGCUGGAGGGGAAAGGUGGGGUGAGUACGAAGGAGGUUAAGGUAAAGAAGGUAGCGUUGAAAAGUGUUAGAGAGACUUUUAAGCCAUAGAUUACACAUUAGAUACUAGAGUUCCUCUCCUCCAACAACCUGCAAUGUAGAGUUUCCCAUAUCGACACCAUUUGAGUCCCCAAUAUAUACACGAACAGUGUUACCAUUUCCAGAAUCCUUCAUAUCAGUCCCUUCUCCUUCCCAGACUACGGUAACAUUAACCACAUUCGCUCCAUUUCCCAUCACAUAAACUUCCACAGUAUUAUUAUUCCCACUCCUUGCCAAAGUGCUAUUCAAGCUUCCACCCAUAAUAUUGAGGUUGACGAUAUCUCUCUUGUGCUCCUCUCCAUCUUGAACAGUUCCGUUCUUGGUGUGAUUUCCAAACUUCGGUCG